AUGUAUCUCACUCUCAUUUGUCUUCCAGAGUCUGGUGUUGGUGCCGGGAUCGAUUCAUAUUAUGAAUAUCUCUUUAAAGCUUACAUGUUGCUCGGCGACCCUGUUUAUCUCCAUCGUUUCAACACACACUAUCGAGCCAUCCAUCGUUACAUCGGCUUCCCUUCUCAAGAGGAGCUGCCUUACCUCUUCCUUGAUGUUCAUAUGCAUCGGCCAUCGCAACGCGCCAAGCAUUUUAUGGACGCCUUACUUGCAUUCUGGCCAGGCCUUCAGUUUGUUCUUUAUGUGACGGACAUAAUUGAAGAAGCUGUUGGAAGUCUUGGAAUGUACUAA